ACUGUGUGUGUGUGUGUGUGUGUGUGUGUAUGUGUGUGUGUGUGUGUGUGUGUGUGUGUGUGUUGUGGGAGUGUGUGUGUGGGGGGGUCACACCACCCCUAACCAAGCUGAGUUUAAAUCCAGACCCCCAGCCACCCCGUUGGGCCAUUUCACAGACACAAACACUCCUGAUCACUGACUGAGCCAUGCCACUCAUGGCUAUCACUGGGGGAUUCCACAGCACUGCUCUGGACGCUGUGUCUCUCUCCCGCCAGCCUUGACGCUUUUUGCGGUGUCUGCUUGAGUGCCUCCUGUCCCCAACUUGCUGAAGGAGAAGGCGAGAAAGAGAGAAAGACAGAGACAACGACAACCUUUGUGCUCGUUCAUUUGGAGUGGUUGAUCAUCAUGGCUUUUUUAAUCUGGAUAAGACAGAGCAAGCUGCUAUGCCAAGGGCCGAAGAACCAGAGCUUCGUCUGUGAAUCGGGCUACUGCUGCGAGUCCCAGUGUUGCAGCCACUACUACGAGCUGUGGUGGUUCUGGUUGGUGUGGACCAUCAUCAUCAUCCUGAUCUGCUGCUGCGUGUGCCACCACCGCCGCACCAAGCACCGGCUCCAGCAGCAGCAGCGGCAGCACGAGAUCAACCUCAUCGCCUACCGCGAGGCCCACAACUACACAUCACUGCCCUUUUACCUCAGGUUCCUACCCAGUUACCUGCUGCCCGCGUAUGAAGAGGUGGUCAACAGGCCACCCACCCCCCCACCCCCCUACAGUCCGGCCCAGACGUCGAUAACAGAGGCGGGCGGCAGCCCCACAUCAGCUGACCAACCCGAAUCCCACUGUCCCCAGGGCCCAGCCAGCCUCUCGGGCCCCGGGGCCCCGUCGGCCCCCUCCACACCCAGCCCCGAGCAGCAGCAGCUCCACCUGCCCGUGUCCAGCCUCUCGGGCCCCCGCGGGGUGCUGGACGACGGCAAGGCGCUCUCAGGAGCCCCCUUGUCCGAGGGCCGGCAGCAGCAUCCUUCUCCGCAGGUGUCGCUGCUGGCCGGGGAGGCCCCUCCGGCGCGGGGCAGUAAGGCCAGAGACUGUUGCAAGGAGCCGGCCGGAGAGCCCUAUGGCUGCCCCUCGCCCCUCGACGACAAGGACCGCACACCCGGGCGCCACCGGCGCUUCACGGGCGACUCAGGCAUCGAGGUGUGCGUGUGCAGCCGAGGCGUCGGGGAGGACGAAGAAGAGGAAGAGGAGGACGAUGAUAAUGAUGAUGAUGAUGAUGAUGAAGAACAUAUGAAGGAGCUAGAGAGACUGAUGGACGCAGGGGAAGAAGAGGUUCUACACUCACGCGAUUUCUGCGAUAGUUGCCACCCGCCCGGUGGCGUGGUCCACCACGGGCACCACCAGGACCCCAUGGGGCCAGCGGACGAGGAGCGUGGACACCCCGACGGCCUGGAGCAGGUCCUUCAUCAUCCUCCUCACCAUCAUCAUCCUCAUCAGCAGCAGCAGCAGGAGCAGGGGCUCAGUCAGGCCUCGCUGCCACGCUCCCCCGUCUGUCUGCACUUGCACACCAUCAACGAACAAGAUGGCUCCCACAGCCAGGGCAGCGCCGAGAGCCAGAGCUGAGCACUUGACGUUAGCGUCCCGGCGUCCCAGGGUCUCUCCCAUCUGGCCGACAUCCCUUUACUCCCCACUGUACUUUCAUUGUGUGUGUGUGUGUGUGUGUGUGUGUGUAUAUGUGUGUUUGAGUGAGUGGUAUGCUAGUGAAUUUCUGUUUUGUGAAGUCAUGGAGUUGCGGGAGAAACUGGGGAUUAACUGCCUCUGUUGAACUGAUUGGUAUUCCCCCCUCCCCCUGCCCUCCAGUGCUGAUGUGAGUGUGUGUGUGUGUGUGUAACAUAGUCAGUGAGAAGACUAGACCUGUGCCUUGUGGGAUAGUGGAGGAGACCAUGUCCCGCCUGUGUCUGUCUGUCUGUCCGUCUGUCUCUGUGUGUGUGUGUGUGUGUGUGUGUGUGUGUGUCCGUGUCCAGAGACGAGCCCUGUGGAGAGGGAGAGAACUGGGCCCCCGGUCAGCAGCGUGGGUCGUCAGCUUUAGAAGCUGCUCAUCAGAACACCUCGUCCCCGCGUGCGGGACAGGAUUACGCAAUGCAAGCAAAUAUCAAAAGAGGGCUGCGUUGCCUCAUCCUCUCGGCCCAGUCCUGUACGUGCUGUCCAGUGGGACUGUAGGGCAAACAUUAUUAGUUAAGACUUACAGUACCCUGUGUAGCCAUAUUCAAUAGUAGCCUGUAUCCUAACAGACAUCCCCACCUCCUCAGUAAGAGGUAUAUAGUGCUUAGGGGAAUCAUAUUGUAUUGGUACAUUUAGCGGUGUUUGUAUAGCCUAUGUCACACUGAAAGAAGCUCAUUUCAAAAAUGAUUUGCGUUAAAUUCAGAGGUACAAGAACCCUUAAUUGUUUCAUGUAGUCUCAUGAAUUUAGAAUUUGCCAUGAACAGCUCUCAAGCAUAUGUGCACAGCAGUAUGUUGUGUUUAUUUUUGUUAUGAUGCAAGCAGCAGAGCCUAACCCUUAUCCCAGGUUAUGUAAAUCUGGGAAAGGGCCAAAAAUGAGAACAAACCUGGCAGAUGAAUACGGGGGAAGUGUUAAAAAAAAGGGAAAUUCCUUUGAGUCAAAUCACAACAGGAACGGGUCAAGAACCUGAAACACGUGAAGACCUGGUUUGUCUCUCCUGACAGAACAAGUUUGUUGAGCAGCACUUCAUGCCGUUCUCUUAAAGCAUUUAAGGCCUCAAAAUUGAAGAUUGAAAAUGAAAGCCACUGAACUUUGUGGAACAUAAGUGAGUGUGAUGAUUGAUUGAGUCAGACUAACAUUCAAGCACAUGUUUCCAUGUGUGUGUGUUUGUGUUUGUGUGUGUGUAUGUGUGUGGUCUUCAGUCAGACUUUUCGCUCAGCGUCCGUUUGAUGGACAGUUUAACCCAAAGGUGGCUGACUGGAGUUGUGCCCCUCUUAUAAGCAGUGCCUACCCAUGUCGCCUACUGUAAUCACAUAUUACAUCUUGUUUAACUGUUUGAGAAAACGAAUAGGAUCUUUCCCCUAUUCACUGUCUUCUUACGUCUUUCUGUGCUGCGAAAGUUGUAGAACCUUGCAUCAGCAUGUUAUGACUUCAGAAAGCACACUUAACUAAUAUGGUGCCUUUUUUUUAUUUUGGUUUUGGUUUGUCGCCGUCAUUUGUAUCGUUCCCCUCAGUUGCCUUAUCAAAAUUGUGGGAGCCUCAAGACCGCAAGUCAAAGCCAAGGCCAGUAUGAAAGAGAUUAAAUGCAUUUCCUGACUUAACCCUGUCUCGGUUUUGUCCUGUUCUAGAGUGUCUGGUCUGACAGGUUGUAGUAGUUUUUGAUAGACAAGCCCUUCAAAAAAAAAAGUUCGGAACAGCUUUUUGUGUCCUUAAAAUGUGGCUUGUCUGGCUGAUAGUGUACUAUUUGGUCUUAGAGUGGAAGGAUUUCAUGUCAUAGCACUAUAAGGGAAUGUUUAUACCACUAACAGUCAUAAGCGGUAGAUUGUGUAGUUUUCUGGGUAGCCUUAUCAGUAGAUUCCUGUCCUAGUUUCCUAUCUGAUCUAGAGCAUGCAGACAUAUUGUGCUAUGUUGGGCAUUGAAAACUGUGUCUACAGUUUACAGCAUGGAGCUCUAUAGUUGGCUGAUUUUGGUAUUAUUCUGUGGGAAGAAGAUGUAUUUGUGUGUUUGUAUUUGUGUGUGUGUGAGUGUGUUGCAUCCGGUGGAUGGAGAACAUCUGUGUGUGUGUGUGUGUGUGUGUGGUCGGUCGAACAAGGAAAGCUUUGGAUGUGUGUGUGUGUGUGUGUGUGUGUGAGAGAGAGAGUUUCAAUACAUUGGGUCGUUUGGCUGUAGGCUGUCUUCCCUGUCCACAUGGACUCUACUCCUCUGUGGGGAUUGUGUAUCUGAGCCGUCAUGUGGAGUAUCUGAGUGGCAGUCCGUGAUAUGACCGAGAACAUUAGAUCUGCCACAGUUCAGAGGCCACUGAUAGGCCAUCAGCCCUGAAGAUAGUGCUAGGUGGGGCGUCUGCAUGCAAACAGAGGCCUAUCCCUCUAAGGAAAAUAGUAGCCCUCAGAUAGUCUAGUUCAUCAGCUUCUAGGGGCUGACACACUGGUUCUACAAACAACCUACUCUACAUAAGAUUUAGAACCGCAUAUAGGCUAGCCACCUCAGAAAAAAAGACAAACAGCCACCAGGUGUUCUAUAGCUUACGUAUGGGUUUGAAUAACAGCUUUUUUUCACCUUUGCUUUCUGUUUUAACUGAAUGGAAUUUGCUGUCAUACAUUUAAGGUGAAUGAAUGAGUUAAUGAAUGAAUGAACAAACAAGCCAGCUGUCCAAUCCAUGGUGCUCUUCCCAGUUGUUACUAGAUAUCCUCAUCAGCUUUCAUGUCUUGCGACCAAAUAAGAAUGUUCUCGAAAGAAGUCAAAUGGACUCUUAUACGAUUUUUUUGUUUGUAUGUUUUCUAUCGUUUCUUUUUUGCCUGAAUAAGGUGUCAUUGCACUGUUUUAACUGCAACUUCUUAAGCAACAUAGUGGGUUUGUUUGCGAUGUCUGAUUUGACAUAAAGGCAGCGGGAGCCAUAGCUUUCCAGUCGAGUCCAGGUACUAUAUCUGUUUUAGAAACCAUAGCCUUUUCUGUCUUGGUUCAAGUCAGCCAAAUGAGUGAAUACUGAAGACUAUUACGUGUAAAUAAAGAGAACAUUUGUAAAGUAAAAAAAA